AUCCGGUUGAAGAGGAAGCGGAGGCGACACUCUCCUCGGCCCCCUUGCCUCGGUCUUCUGUGGACCUUCAAGGGGAAGCACAGGUUAUGGGUGCUACAUGUGUGCUUUCAGAGCAGUAGUGUGAGAAAGCUUGAGGUGGGAUGGCAGCACGGCCUCAUCCCUAUGACAGUAACUCCAGUGAUCCGGAGAACUGGGAUCGGAAAUUGCAGAGUAGACCUCGUAAACUUUAUAAACAUUCAAGUACUUGCUCACGUGUUGCUAGAGGAGGAGUGGACAACACCAGAAUGAGUCUGCAUGGUGCUAGUGGGGGACAUGAGAGAUCAAGAGACAGACGGAGGUCAAGUGACCGAUCACGAGAUUCAUCUCAUGAAAGAACAGAAUCUCAGCUCACUCCUUGUAUUCGAAAUGUUACUUCUCCAACACGACAGCACCAUAUCGAAAGAGAAAGAGAAAAAGAUCAUAGUUCUUCUCGUCCAAGCAGUCCUCGUCUUCAAAAAGCAUCUCCAAAUGGUUCAGUUAGCAGUGCUGGGAACAGCAGCAGAAACAGUAGUCAGUCAAGUUCAGAUGGCAGCUGUAAGACAACCGGGGAGAUGGUGUUUGUAUAUGAAAAUCCAAAAGAAGGCGCUCGGAAUGUGAGAACAUCAGAACGAGUGACGCUAAUAGUGGAUAACACUAGAUUUGUUGUGGACCCAUCCAUUUUUACUGCACAGCCAAAUACAAUGUUGGGCAGAAUGUUUGGGUCUGGCCGAGAACAUAAUUUUACACGUCCCAAUGAGAAAGGAGAGUAUGAGGUUGCAGAAGGAAUUGGUUCCACUGUAUUUCGAGCCAUUCUGGAUUACUAUAAGACAGGAAUAAUUCGUUGUCCUGAUGGCAUAUCUAUUCCUGAGCUGAGAGAAGCGUGUGAUUAUCUCUGUAUCUCUUUUGAAUAUAGUACUAUUAAAUGUAGAGAUCUCAGUGCCCUGAUGCAUGAGUUGUCAAAUGAUGGUGCUCGUAGGCAAUUUGAAUUUUAUCUUGAAGAAAUGAUCCUUCCUCUCAUGGUAGCUAGUGCCCAGAGUGGGGAGCGAGAAUGCCAUAUAGUGGUGCUCACGGAUGAUGACGUAGUCGACUGGGAUGAAGAGUAUCCACCACAGAUGGGUGAAGAGUAUUCACAAAUUAUUUAUAGCACAAAAUUGUAUAGAUUUUUCAAGUACAUUGAAAACAGAGAUGUGGCCAAAUCAGUUUUGAAGGAGAGGGGUCUUAAGAAGAUUAGAUUGGGAAUAGAAGGUUAUCCUACAUACAAAGAAAAAGUAAAGAAAAGGCCUGGAGGCCGCCCAGAAGUCAUUUACAACUAUGUCCAAAGACCCUUUAUUCGAAUGUCCUGGGAAAAAGAAGAAGGAAAGAGUCGGCAUGUAGACUUUCAGUGUGUAAAGAGUAAAUCUAUCACCAACCUGGCAGCAGCUGCUGCAGACAUUCCCCAGGACCAGCUGGUAGUCAUGCACCCCACUCCACAGGUGGACGAGCUGGACAUCCUUCCCAUCCAUCCCCCUUCUGGCAGCAGUGACCUCGAUCCUGACGCUCAGAACCCAAUGCUGUGACGCUGUCGUUGAAACCGUAGCAUGCUACUCUUCUCAGUCUCAUUCCGCACUGCAAGGCCGCUCUCCUUCAUUGUGAGGUGCACAUGUGUAGGGUAUUGCAGUGUAGGUAUUUUUGAAGACCAAAGGCAGCUGAAUGGUUUUUUUAAAUGAGUACAACUCUAGCAUCCUGAGGUUCCAGUUAUAAAAAUGUAUUUGUUUACCAGUAGAUUUGUGAAAUUGGUUCUUUGUAUGGGGAAUAGUCCUUUUUCACAUAUAGGUCUUUUCAGAAGUGAUGGAAAUUGGUAGCUGGGGUGUUUUCAACAAAGACUGAUAUUCAUCAUACCCCAGAUAAAAGGCAGAUUAUUAUAUAGUUGCACUUUAUAAAUGGUGGUUAAUUGGAAUUGUUCAAGCCAUUUUAGAGUUGUGAUGUAUAAUAUAACUUAAGUGCUUCUAUCAAAGUUUUCCUUCAGUAAAAUGUUUGUAGUUUGCUGCCCAUGGUGAAAAAAUAGUAUUUAUCUUGGGCUUAUUUGAAUGGUUAGGAUGAGAUUUAGUGCUCAUGUCUUACUGGUUCACUCACUUCUAUCCAGUGCCGUUUCACCCUUUCAGAGUGAGUCACAUGCAGGGAGUGUGAACAUUAGAGGUGGUUUAUUAUCCAGUCUGCCUUACCCUUAAUCUGUUCACAGAUACUUAUUACUAAUGCUUUUUUUCUUAAGCGUUAUGAGAUAGGAAAAUGAAGUGUUUGCUCUUCAUUUACUAAAUGAUUGUAAACUCAAGUUUUUCAUCGAAAUAAAAUUCCAUUGGUUUUAAUGUUUCAGACCAACUUUAUAACCACCUUGGCCAGAGUUUUAGUCUCAUAAUUAGAUUUUCUGUCUCAUUGGUAUAAGUACAACUAGAAAUCAAAUAGCUUUUCAGAGCUUUUACUCUUAAUUUGGUAUGUGUGUAACAAAGCACUUAAAUUUCUUACUAGCUAUUAUAAGAACUGAAAAUAGUAUUUCUUAGUGUACCCUGUAUGAAAUGUGAAAUGACUUGGCCCUAAGUUUAAGAGCCAGUUUCAGACACUAGUUUCAUGUCUUCGCAUUGUAUUAUGCUGCUCUGCUUAGCAGAUAUUCAUGCAAAUGCUGUUUUAAAUACACUGUGGCCUAAUUCAAGAAUCAGAAAUAUUUAGGUGGUGUUGGGUCUGUGGUCACAUAAUGCUUGAAGCCCUACAACUGCCAGCAGUAGUAGCCGUGGAGAGAAGUCUGUUCGUUGCAUGAAAUUGUGAAUUUGUAUUUUCAGAGGUUUUCAGCUUUGUGUGUAAGCAAUAAUAACUUUGUUUUCACAUAAAUCAAAAUGGCAACAAUUUGGAAAUUAACUAUUUUUCCACAACACAUCUAGCAUGGAGGAACUGUUAUAAAU